AUGAAACUAAUGUUUUUAGUUAAAAUUGCAGCGUUUAUCCUUUUAGCAUGGAGAAGGAGCUUCAAUAGUAUUAAGUUUCCUAUUAACAAAUAUUUAAAUGAAAACAGCAGUGUCGUUGGAAAAUUAAAUAUAAGAACUUAUCGAUUACUACGAAAACAUAAGAAGGAUACGCAUUCAAGUAUUGUGGAAAUAAAAGAAGAGAUACCAUAUAAUAUAGACAACAAAAAUAAGCAUAUACGCAAUAAUGAAGAAGAAGAUACAUCAAGAAAUAAAAAAUCAUAUAGAAGUUCAUUAAAUAAUGGCGGAAGUCAUAUAAAGGAUAAGAAAAAUAAAUUUUGUACAUUUGAAACGAAAAAAUAUUCUCAUUUAGAAAAAAAAAUAUUCAAAGAACUUGAUUACGAGAAUUUUCUUAAAAAUAACAGAAUAAUUAGUAAUAAAUUCUACAAAAAAAUAAUGUUUAAAAAAUAUAGACUAAGACUUUCCUUACCUUUAUUAUUUUUUUUAUUUUUAUCAAUAUCACUCAUAUUAGAUUUAUUCGUGAAUUAUGGUGUCAUGCGUAUUUUGCGUUAUUUAUUGAAUACAUAUGGAAAUUCUGCAUGGAAUACGUUAGGGAAAAAAUUUGGAGAACUUAUAGGAAAAGAUUGGUGUUAUUAUUUAAGGCCAUUUUUUACGGCUCCACAAUGGGCUAAUGGAAACGUUAAAGGAAAAGUGUAUGCAUCAACUGGUUUAAUAGGUCUUAUAAUAUAUUUUUUACCCUUCAUCAUAUUAGGUGUUACAGUUAUAUCAGGAAUUAUUUAUUAUCACAGAAAAGUUAAAAAAUAUGAAAAAAUUAAGUUAAAAAAAAGAUAA